AUGACGUCCAUCGUCGACGCUCAUGACCUUCAUCGUCCUCUUUUACGCUUGGCCCGUAUCAUCACUCGUCUCGAUGGCGUUACUCACGAUGAAGUCCACCCGGUCCGUCCGUCCAAGGCGUACUCGCAGCUGGGUCCCGGAUCGGCGAGAGCGGGCGUGUCUGCGGACGUAAUGACCCCCUCCGUCCGAACCAACCGCCUCGCGAGUCGACUCCCCGCACCCAAUCACCCGCUCUCCUUCCACGGAGCUUCGUCUGUUUCUCACCUUUCACCUUCAUGCGCGGAUUCGCACCGCGUAACGCGCGCCCCCGUACGCGCCUCGUGGCGCCUCCGUUUCUACGUCCGCUUCGGUGGGCGCGCCGCCCCGCGGCGACCGCGGCGUGCGCAGCCUGAUGGUACCCAGGACUCUCCUUGCGCGCUUUGGCCACCCGGACGACGCCCGCCCGCUCUGGUCGCUCGGCCGCCCCUCCUCGCGUCCGAAAUAGAGUUCGGCCCACGCGAGGAGUCGCCCACUGGGGUGUGGGACGCUGUGCGAAGGCGGGUCUUCUUCGGGCUUGGGCGCUUGUACGGUUUGGGUUUACCACGAAGAGUGCGGGACGUCGUGCCCCGCCAGGACGUCUCUGAGCCCCGCGCGCCCGCUCUUCAGCUUUAUGCUCCUGGCGGACCGCGAUGGGUGGGCUUUUGCCUCCGUUGGCCGAUCACUUCGCGUUGCGGUUUGGCCUUUAGGCUAUUCGCCCGUCGCAACCCCACCGUACGAGAGAUCCCUCCAUCACUCAGCUCACAGCCCCUGCAUCUUCGAUCGCACCUGGCGGCUCUCCCCAACUUCCGAUGCGACGAUCAUGCCUAA